AUGUCAUCUUAUGAUGAUAGUGAGAGACAAGGCAAUGGAAGAAUUUGGACCAGGAAAUAUACUAGUGCAGAGAAAAAAGAUACAGCAAUUAAGUACGUGAGCUUAAUAGUUCUUGUGAUCCAAAAUGCAUCACAAGUACUAGUUAUGCGGUAUGUGCGAACCCGACCGCGUGAAAUGUUCCUGUCGACAGUAGCAAUUUUUUUCGCAGAAGUUGUCAAACUGAUUGUCUGCAUCCUGUUUCUUACUAUCCAAGAAAAGAGUUUUAUAAGAUGUCUGAAAGUAAUGUACGAGGACAUAAUCAAGCAGCCGAUUGAUACUUUGAAAGUAUGCGUUCCAGCCGUGAUAUAUGUUAUUCAAAACAAUCUGCUUUAUAUUGCCGUAUCUAAUUUACCUGCAGCAACUUAUAUGGUAACUUAUCAGCUUAAGAUUCUUACAACAGCACUUUUCACUGUAAUCAUCCUUCGAAGACGUCUCUCCCUGCUCCAGUGGCUGGCACUCGUUUUGCUUUUUGGCGGGAUUGUAUUAGUUCAGUUGGAUGAUCAAAGAGCUAAUAUGAAUAUAAUGAAAGAAAAUAUAACAUCAUUUCGAGAUGACAGUUCUAAAACUGCAAAGUUGGAAACACCUUACAAACAUAUUGUGGAACAAAACCCUAUCAAUGGUUUCACUGCAGUUUUUGUCGCUUGUAUUUUGUCAGGAUUUUCUGGUAUAUAUUUGGAGAAAAUAUUGAAAGAUUCGGAUGUGUCAGUAUGGAUACGAAAUGUGCAACUUGCAAUUAUCUCACUUCCCGUUGCUUUAGCUAAUGUUUUCAUCCAGGAUAGCAGGAGGGUGCUAGAACGGGGUAUGUUUGUUGGUUUUGAUAUCGCGGUGUGGUGUCUGAUUAUUUUGUCGUCUAUCGGUGGUAUCACUGUUGCUGUUGUCAUAAAAUACGCCGAUAAUAUUCUGAAGGCAUUUGCCGCAUCUAUUGCUAUAAUUGUAGCGUGCAUCGCAUCUGCAUUGCUUUUUCAAUUCCGUCCAGCUGUUCUGUUUCUUGUUGGUACUGUACUUGUCAUCGGAGCUAUCUUCAUGUAUAGUAUGUUUCCGUAUAAGAAGAAAUAUCAGCAAACUCCAACUGAGCCUCCACAUGCAAGCCAACAGAAAGAAGAAACAGCAGUUGUUUGA